AUGACUGUAUCAUUUAAUACAACUAAAAAAAGUUGGGUUAAAAAAAUAGAAUCACCAAAUAAUAUAUUUGCAUCCCCAGCUUUUGUUAGAGGUUGUUUCUAUUUUAAAGACUCUAUAGAUAUAAAUAGAUUUAUAAAUGCAAUGAAUUUAUCGUUUAAAGAUUAUGAUAUGCUAUUGUCAACACUAGCUGUUGAUAAGGAUGGCAAACCAUUGGCUACAUACACACAGAACCAAUCUCAAGAGAUACUAGAAAUAGAAGAAGCACCAUCAAAACUAAUUGAAGAAUCAGAAAUUGAAAAUUUAGUACCAAACAAAGUGAUUACCCCAGCACAACAAUCGGGCGCAACUGGAGAUUUGAACGGUAUGAAAAUGGGUGCUUUUAAAUUAACAAUUUUUGGUAAUGGUUUUUCAGUUGGUUUUAAUAUCAGUCACUCAAUGUUUGAUCAAACUGGUGUAUUUUAUUAUUUUAAAUAUCUAUCUCAAAUCUAUACAUUAGGUGCCGACAAAAUUACCUUAAAGAAACCAGAAAUUAUUGAAUAUAACAAUAAUGACAGUUAUAAAUUUAGCGAUAUUAAUGAAGCACAUCAAUAUGCAAAUUCAAAUCUAGGUUUCUUUUAUAAAGAUCCAUCAAAUGGUAAAGCAUUUUCAGAAAAUAUAAGUAUUGAUAUAGAAUUUAAUUCAAACGAAAUUGAUCAAUUUAAGAGUACAGUAAAGGACCAAAUUCUUUCAAAGAAUGAUAUUAUUUCAGCAAUUAUGUUCAAAAUAUGCACAUUAAAUUCAAAAUUAAAAGACGACGAUGUUUUUCAUCUUAGAUAUCUAUGUAAUAUAAGAAAAUUUGCAGGUUUGGGUGAAGAAACAUUAGGUAACUUAUUUAAAUAUUGCACCAUUCCAUUAAAGGUUUCAGAUAUUAGAGAAAUGUCAAUAAUCGAUUUAGCCAAAGUAAAUCGUAAAAGUGUAUCAGAAAUUACAUAUAAACAAUUUAUAAAAGCUUUAUGUUGGUAUAAAUAUACACAGGAUGAAAAGCACAUAAAUUAUCAUUACUUUAUUCCAUCAAUCUAUUCCACAAAACUAUCAAACUGGACUCAGUUCAGUUAUGAACAAAUUGCAUUCGAUAAUGCCAAACCAUACUCUUUAAAACCAAUAUCAAAAGCUGGUGAUGCAACUAACUUUAUUUCAUUUGAAAUCAAUCAAAAUAAUGAAAAAAUUAUUCAAACAUCUGUGGCAAUCUCACCUGAUAGUAUGGCUAAAGUAAUAGAAUUAAGUAAUACUACAACUCUAUUUAAAAUUUUAAAUUAG